AUGGCUGAACCGUUCAUCACGAUUCGGCGUGGCUCGCAAUACUCCGAAACAGGCGACAAUAAUGGAGCACAGUUAUCCCCUAUCCAUGAUGCACCUCAACACAUUCCAGCAUCUGCCUCUUCCGACCUACACCAUACUCCCACUAUCGAAGACUGCUCAGAUGAAGAGGAGGGAGCCAACGCCAACCACAGACCUCGUCGGUUUGCUCCCAAAGGGCAUCUGAACACACAGGGCCAUGGCCGAAGUCCUCGGCCGCCUGGCCCGUACUAUCCGCCCGACCGCCAAAGAGCGUAUUCGAAUAACUUCAUGCCGCCGUUCUCAAAUCCCCAAGAGAACAACACCAGAUCCUCUUCAGACUCUCCACCUUCUCCUACUGCAUUCAUUACCCUUACCCCUGGCAAUGGCGAGCAACCCAUGCCUGAGCAUUUUAAUCACCAGCCUGAGCAUUUCAAUCACCAGCCUGAGAAUAUCAAUCACCAGCCUGACUCUCCAGUCGAAGGAACACGACGGAUAAGAGGCCACAGACAGCGGAAAUCCUCCUUUAUUGCGCCAUCUUCUCCAGCGGGCCAUAGCUACUCCUCAGUCCCAAGUAGCCUCCAAAGCGAUGUCUUCUCUCAAGACCGUAGACAAAGCGAAUCACACCGCAGCUGGAGUCCUGAUCAGUCGAUGCCAGGGCCUUCUCCUUACCCUCAAAUGAUAAAGCCAAUACCGCCUGACCAAAACAACCCCGACGCAUUUACAGGUGGAUGGUCUUCACCUCCUGGGGCGAACAACCACAUGCAGCUUGUAGGCCCUGGUCCAGGUCCCAAUGGGCCCAUGAUGCCGGCUCAAGUGCCACAUCGGGAGCCUCAAGAAUUUCGCAGAGAUCCUCCUAUUUCGGGAUACCAGCAGAUCGCCAUGAACAUGGCUGGAGAAAUGGGGCACAUUCGGAUAUACCCAAUAUAUCGACGUUAUGCCUCGUUAAACCACCGCCUUCUCCUUCAUAUCCAAGACGAACUCGCCGUACUCGAAGAGGAAUUGGGGAGACUGGAUUAUGACGAUGCCUCUGAUAGAACACAGCAUGAUCAUAUACGUCCUGCUUCUCGAAGAGAGGAAGGCAAGCGCGGGAUUGCCAGGGAUGAGCUGAUGAAAAAUGUUAGCUUUAAAUUAGAGCAGUACCGUCAAACACUUGCCGCCUUCCAUGAAAUGCAGCAAUACCCCCGACCGACGAACGAAGAAAUCGACGGCUAUAGUGACUUCCUCUUCCGAGACGGUGGCCCAAUUGUUGAGAGCGAGGCUAGGUUUAUCCGUCACGAGAGCGAUCUCGUGUGUCUCCCGUUCUUCGCGGCAGACGAGCCUGGACCUCCUCCGAUGAAGGAAAUAUCGGGUAUGCCGCCCUCGCCGAUACAGUCUGAUAUCACUACCCACACAACGAGAAGCAAACAAGGGAACGACCCCAUGAAGCCCAGAAAGGCGGGUUCCCAUCGCCCUCGCACCCUCCUCAAUGCUGCCUAUGUUAGCAUUGCAGCUAUUCUUGCCCCUAUUCUCACCUUCUUUGUCAUUCCCAGCUUCUUGGGCCGCAUGUUGAUCGUCUUUGUCGCCAUUGGGGGCGUAUCGGCAGUGGUGAUGUCGUCAGGGUUGCUGCGUGGAUCCGACCAAACUGUUGUCAGGGAUUGUGUGAUCUGUGCGGGAGUAUAUGGUGGGAUUAUGGCUGUAUUGGCUGGAAUAUGUUGA